AGUCAUUCCUGCAGCUCGUGCUGCUCUCAUCACCUCUACCCAACCAUUCUUUUCUCGUAGUUAGUCUGCUUAAAGUAUUCAAAAUCUAUACGCACUCUUCACAUUUAAUCAGUGGUUUAUAAGAAUUACGUCGUAGUGGUGCUGCCGUGAAUAAUGUUUGUUGAAAUUCUUGUGUACGCGAACAUGAUGAACAACGCAUUUUUAUCCUUCCUUUGAAAUUAAGUGGUUACAAGCAUUUAUUUCAACGCCUAAGUGUCGUGAGUUCAGUUUAUGUGUGUUCCUGCUUUUAGUUGGUUCGUCAAACGUCCCAAAUAUAUAAUUUUCUAUUUCCAAUUAUCCUCCCCGAGUAAAUAAUCAAUUCGCGUGGUUGUCAUUUUUUUUUGCAUAUCAGGUCUGCCGUUGAGCGAUGAGCUAUCCAAAAGAUGACGAGCGACUUAUCUGCGACACUCCAACUUCGUCCGACAGGAAUAUUGGCAGUGAAAGCGAAUCUUUGUUCAGUAUCAAUACGUACUAUACACCCCAAACUCCAUGUGGACCAGGAACAUCUACAAGACAGGAUUCUCCUGAACCGUUUCCGUCGAGUAGAGAUACAGUGCCAGUUGGUGCCAUAGCUGUGUGGAAUGAUCUGCCUGAUCAAAUCAAGCAAGAUUCUACGUUUGCUAAUUUUCAAGAAGAUUUUGCAAUUCAGCAAAGUAAUAAUGCCCUAACUUCCGAUCAAACUGUUCCUGAGAUUGUCGUCACAAAAGAAGCCUCACUAUCACCGUUUCUUAGUCGACGUGCCAAUGAUUCAAAAUCAAAAAGUAAAUGUGUGGACGAAGACGAUGAAGCAGACUUGCCUAUGUCGUGGGUUCGCCGACUCACUCAAAUCGUUCUUUUUCUUGUAUGGGUGUUUUCUAUAACAAUACUGAUGUGCUCAAAGGAACAUCCUAAUGACAGUGAUUUGCACCAGUUAUCUGUCUCCCACGGAAAAUCAAAAAGUUUUCUAAUAUCCCAGAAUAUUGUUCUACAGGAGUUAAAAGUGGAAUUAUUUGGAGCAUUCAUACCAGAUGAUUAUGAAAGCCUGUCUAGCCGCAAGCUAAGUGUAUGGAUUGAACUACGCCAAUCUGUCAAAAAAUUGGAGAAAAAUAAUCCAAUGUACAUGCAGAAUUUAAGUAAAGUCUGGGAAGUACCACUUGUUUCUGAAGAAAUGCUGGAUACGGUUCCUGAAAUAAGCGUCACCAAGCUUUUUGAAUUUGAUGAGGUGGAUAAAGAGAUAUUUCAAAACAGUGAAGUGCGGCUUCAGCUUCAAACAGACCUAAAUGCCAGUUUUCCUGUCACCCUCACUGUCGAUUUGCAUCCCAUCAGACCGGAGGAUGGAAUUAUCUUUGCUGCUUUCAUUUUAUUUGGGCUGUACAUAUUAAUUAUGUUUGAGAUAGUACACCGAACAAUUGCUGCUGUCUUUGCGUCAACUCUAUCUAUUGCAAUUUUAGCUGCUCUAAAUGAGAGACCAACGGCUGCUGAGUUGAUAUCAUGGGUCGACGUAGAAACAAUCGUUCUUUUGUUUUGCAUGAUGAUUCUGGUCGCAAUCUUUGCUGAAACGGGUGUAUUUGAUUAUCUGGCUGUUUAUGCUUACAAGGUUACCAAUGGGAAAGUCUGGCCUCUAAUUAUCACUCUCUCUGGUUUUACGGCUCUCAUAUCAUCAAUUCUGGAUAAUGUCACAACAAUCCUACUUAUGACUCCUGUGACUAUCAGACUUUGUGAAGUAACAGAACUAAAUCCUGUUCCCAUAUUGAUGGCGGUGUUGAUUUACUCUAACAUUGGUGGAGGUUUGACACUUGUUGGUGAUCCGCCAAAUGUCAUAAUUGCUACAAACGCAAAAAUUGUAGCUGCGGGUGUCAAUUUUGGAAGUUACAUUUUACAUGCUGGCACAGGAUGUCUUAUUGUAAUGGUUGUCGUUCAUUUCCACUUGAGAUACAUUUUCCGCAAUACGAAUGAUCUUCGUUUCUCCGAGCCACAUGAUGUGCAAGAACUCCGGCAUGAAAUUGCAAUCUGGCAAAGAGCUGCUGCAUCGCUUUCCUCUUAUUCCAAAGAUGAAGAUCUGGUUCGUGAAACUCUUAUGAUUAAAGUCAGAAGAUUGUUGGGUGAAUUGAAAACAAAGCUUCUCACUGGAAGUUCGGCUAUUCCAAAUUACAAAACAAACCUCCAGGAACUUCAAGAAAAGUACCCGAUACGAGACAGGAAACUCCUCAUAAAGUCAGGAUUCACCCUGCUCUUUGUCAUCACUUUAUUCUUCUGCCAUUCGAAUUUCAAGCUGAAUCUCUCUCUUGGAUGGUCAGCUCUCUUUGGAGCAGCCCUCCUGUUCAUUUUAGCAGAGAAAGUAGAUUUGGAAGGAGUGCUUGCCCGAGUCGAGUGGUCGACAUUAUUGUUUUUUACUGCCCUUUUCGUUUUAAUAGGUGCUCUGUCUCGUCUAGGCUUAAUUGAAUGGAUUGGUCACCAAACGGAACUGUUCAUCUUGGGUGUGGACAAAGAAUCGAGGCUUGCUGUUGCCAUUGUGCUGAUCCUGUGGGUCUCAGCAAUUGUUUCUUCAUUCGUUGAUAAUAUUCCUCUGGCAUCCAUGAUGGUUCACAUAAUCACAGGGCUGUCUCAAAACAAAGAGCUCGGGUUACCUCUCCAACCGUUGGUUUGGGCAUUGGCAUUGGGCGCCUCUUUUGGCGGUAAUGGCACACUAAUAGGAGCAUCUUCUAACAUGGUCUGUGCUGGAGUGGCUGAGCAACAUGGAUAUCGAAUUUCUUUCAGUGAAUAUUUAAAAAUUGGCUAUCCAGUUAUGCUUGUGAGUGUAGUCGUCUCAACUAUCUACCUGUACAUUGCACAUGUCAUUUUUGCAUGGCACUGAUUUUUUUCUGUGAUUCUGUAAUUUUAAGAAAAUUAUUUUUUCUGUUGAAUUAGGUAUGUUUUAAGAUUAUCUUACAAAAACUUAAGAAGGUCUAAACCUCGAGAGUAGAUUUUAUGAAAUUGAGAGGUGGAACCUCUUGAUUUUUUUAGUGGACUACUAGUUCUAUCCCCACUUUUAGCUUUUAAGGGGUGAAGAAGUUUAAUUCCCGAAAAAUUCAAUCCUUGAAUCUAACUGGUCUUUUCUUUUUUUACUUCAGAAAAUCAAUAGGGGAAGUAAUCAGAAUAUUUUUCACAGACUUUUCCUCAAGUAUUUAUGGCUUGAUUUUGCGAGGAAAAUGUUAAUAGAGUGAAGGAAAUCGACUCUUUUACACAAACUAGCCCUUAACUCUUUUAUUUUUCUUUGCUAUACUCAUUCACGUUCUUUAAUUGACUUGUGUCUCUCGGGGUAAUUUUUUAGUCUACUCUUGCUAUUUUCUUAUAACUUAGCGAUUUUAUUGGGGAAGAGGAGGAGGAAGACUUCUUUCUCUUUUUGUGAUUUCUGCCAUCAAUGUUCCUUUGAUGUUAUAAUCUGUGAUAAUAAUUGCUCUGAAACUGUAAUUUAAUUCAUUUGCAACGUCUUGCAAACUUCCAUAGACCAGUAUUGUAGUGUUACAUUGUAUUUACUGUUUAAAUUGAUACUUAUGCGUGUUUAAAAAAAAGAAAAAAAAACUUUUUUCAUAUUUCCAUAGUAA